AAAAGCUCAGGGACAGUGCCCAGGCCCUGAGUUCAAGCCCUAGGACAGGUACAAAAGAUAAACAAAAAAUGCAUUAUGAGCUUAACUAUACAGCCUGGCACCACAGUGCCAGUACUGUGCCCUCACAACUCUGGCUUAGUUUGUGGUCCCAUUUUACAGAUGGACAAACAGAGGCCUGGAGAGGCUGACAGUGUGCCCCAGGCCUCACAGCCUGCACAGGACACAGCUGACGUGUGAGCCGGACCAGGAGGUGGGCAGAGGCUGAGGUCCGGGGCGAGGGGGCCGGGGCCCCCCACUGAGCUCUCGGCGGUUCUGGGGUGCAGGCCCCCCGCUGCCCCGGCCCGGCGCAGCAUGAAGCUGAACGAGCGCAGCCUGGCCCGCUACGCGACCUGCGACGCGCCGGUGGACAAGGCGGGCUUCCUGCACAAGCGCGGCGGGCGGCACGCGGCCUUCCAGCGGCGCUGGUUCGUGCUGCGCGGGAACAUGCUCUUCUACUUCGAGGCGGCGGCCGAGGCGGCGGCGGUGGCCCCCGAGCCGCUGGGCGUCAUCGUGCUGGAGGGCUGCACGGUGGAGCUGGCCGAGGCCGCGCACUUCGCCUUCGCCUUCGCCGUGCGCUUCGCGGGCGCGCGCGCGCGCUCCUACGUGCUCGCGGCCGACAGCCAGGGGGCGCUCGAGGGCUGGGUGAAGGCGCUGUCGCGCGCUAGCUUCGCCUACCUGCGCCUGGUGGUGCGGGAGCUGGAGCAGCAGCUGGCGGCCGCGCGCGCCGGCUCCGCCCCGCCCCCAGCCCUGCAGGACCCGCCCCCGGCCCUGCAGGCCCCGCCCGCGGCCCCUCCGUUCAAGGCCCUGCAGGCCGCGCCCCUUCCGGUCCCGCCCCCUCAACAGGCCCCGCCCCGAGCCCCGCCCCGGCGGCCCUUUGAUCGCCCGGCCCCGGUCGGCAAGGCGGAAGGCCGCGCAGCCUGGAGCACCGAGGCCCCGGUGGUCCCGGAUCGCCGCGAUCGCCCGCCGCUGCCGCCCCGCCGUCGGGCCUCGGCCACCCCCGAGCCCCCCGCCUCGGCGCCCUUCGCGCGGCUGCACGAGUGGUAUGGGCAGGAGGUGUUGGCGCUGCGCACGCAGUGGCGCAGCCGCGCGCAGCCCUGAGUGCCCCUCGGCCGGGCCUGGGGGCUCAGGGCCCCUCUGGGCCCCCACUAGCACGGGAGGCUCCCGGAGGCCUUUGGACCGCGUGACUGGGGGCCUAGGCUGCAGGGGCCCAGCCCUGCCUAGGCCCAGCCCGGGACUCCAGUUGGCCGCAUGCCCAGGGCCCCUGGUGCUGGUACUGGGUCUUGGUGUUGUAGGGAACCGCCCCGGGACCACACCUGGCCUGACAGCCACACCUGUUCCCCAGCUGCCUCCCCACGUUCAAGUUCAGGGGCGGAGAGGAGAGGCAACACAGGUGGGAGUCCGGGGGGUCCCCAGCUGGGGUAGAACUUGGCCCAGGGCCUGUCCCGCACCAGGCGGGCCUCCCUCUCCCUGUCUCCCCAGCUCCUGACUGCGUCCUGCAGGCACAGUUCCCCACUUCUGCCCUGGGCAGCCUUCCAACCGCCACCUGGCCCCCAGCCCAGGCUGCCCCAGCCGACCCAGCAGAUGCCUCUAGGGAGGGGAGAUGGUCCAGGUCCUGGACGGUGGCAAAAAAAACGAGCAGCUGUGGCCUCCCUGGCCUGCCUGGUGCCUGUCACCGCCUCCAGUGCCCCUGGGGGCCUGGCCCCCCACCUCUCACCACAGUGCCCUUCAUCCAGGAAGAAUGUCAGGUGCCGACUUGCCCCCUUGGUUGUGUUUACAGUCUCCGUGCUCACACUGGGCACAGAGGACACCUUUUUCCCAGCCUCUGCUUCCCCAGACUGUCCUUGCUGGUGGCAGAAUGCUAGGCUCUCCUGCCUGGUAGACUCAGGGGCUGGGGGCCCCACAGUGGCCGGCUCCCUGCUGGUUCAGGGGGCUGGAGGCAUUUUAUUUUAAAAUAUGUACGUAUUUUGUUUUUCUUCUGGCUGUGAAGCCUGGUGUUUUCACUACUUUUGCCUCUGUUGGUAGGUGGGAAGGGGACAGCUAGCAGGAUAAAGUCACCUGCUGCUGGGCUUUGCACCUGUCCAGCCCCGCUCUCCGCUGGGCAUGGUACGCUCCCCUCCCCUCUCCCUGUCCUGCCAAGUGGGUGGCAGUUGCUCUUGUACGCAGGCUCAGGUUUAGGGGUUCUAGCUGAGCCCACUAUGUGGGGUGAGGUGCAGACCCCCGCCUGGGGCAGGAUUUCUGGCUGUAAAGGUACAGUGGCCCUGGUUCCCUGAGUAGGGGUGAGGUGCUCCCCUCCUCCAAAGCACAGGUUGGGGAUGGGAGAGAUGCCGCGGGGGAGGGACGAGGGCCACAAUAAAUGUUCUUUGCU